GGGAUGAAAGUAGUGUAUAAAACGACGAGCGGCAGUGUCGCGCAUUCUGUCUCAUGACAAGUGUGAAAAUGGCAACUUGAUCUAGGUGGUAGUAUACUGUAGGGCACUUUGUACACAGAAGAAGAGAGAGAAACGAUCGCGCUCGCGAACGAAAAUCGCGCGAGGAGAAAGAGAGCGAGAUUAAAAUCGGUACGGCGAUCGUCGAUAGAAAGAUAUCGAGGGAAAGAGAAGGAUAAAAAAGAGCAAGUGAGAGAGGCAGAGCGAGAGCGAGAAAGAGAGAGAGAGAGAGAGAGAGAGAGAGAGAGAAAUUGAGAGAUCGACCGAUAGUGAAUCACGCGACGACGACGACGACGACGACAACGACGACGACGACGACGACAACGACGACGACGACGACGGCCAAAGUACCUCUUCCGUCCUUCUCCUUCACAUUUGUUUAUCUAUCGAUUACAUUCCGUGUAUCAAAAGGCAGAGGCGCCGGUGCUACCGGAUGCCCGGUGGUUCGCGCUCCAAUAGCAAGUGGCCUUGCCCACGUCAAAUACGCCGGCUCGCGACACGACCAACACUCCCUACUGGGAUUUGACAGCUCCGUUCUUUGGCUCUAUAAUCGGGCGAGGAGGAGGACGACGACGACGACAGCGGCAAUCAUUUCACACGACGCGCACCUUAGACGCACGACGACUGUGGAAAUUUUGCGGAAGGUGCAGUACUAAACGCAGAUCAGGGGAUUGCGCCGAUACUGUUCUUCUGACUCUCCCAGUGAGAUCGUCGGAGAGACAUCGAUCUGAAAAGCAUCGAAAAUGAAUAAGGUAGAUUAUAUGGAGGUGACUCUCCCGAAUUAUUCCUACAUCUUCAACUUCGAGGAGACGUUCAGCCACUAUGAAACCAAGGUGUGGAUGAUGAACAAUUGGACGAAUUGCUUCUAUUAUUGCGGGCUGUAUAUGAUUCUGAUAUUCGGUGGGCAACACUAUAUGGCCAGCAGACCCAGAUUCGAACUGAGAGGAAUACUGUGUCUUUGGAACACGCUAUUGGCUACUUUUUCUAUCAUCGGCUUCACCAGGACUGCACCUGAACUAAUUCACGCCCUCAGACAUCACGGUCUACACCACAGCAUUUGUAAUACGAGCUUCAUCGAGCAGAACUGCGUAUCCGGUUUCUGGACAUGGAUGUUUGUGCUGUCGAAAUUACCCGAGCUCGGUGACACGAUCUUCAUUGUGCUGCGCAAACAGCCGCUGAUCUUCCUGCACUGGUAUCACCACAUUACCGUGCUACUGUAUGCCUGGUUUUCGUACUCGGAAUACACCGCGUCUGCGCGAUGGUACGUCGUGAUGAACUACUGCGUCCACUCCAUCAUGUACACCUACUAUGCCCUCAAAGCGAUGCGAUACAAACCGCCCAAGGCGAUCGCUAUGGUGAUCACCACCUUGCAGCUCAUCCAGAUGGUGAUCGGCUGCGCCAUCAACAUAUCUGCCUAUCAAUAUUUGGAGGGCGGCCAUGUGGACUGUCACAUUACCCGCAUGAACAUCCACUUUAGUUUCGCGAUGUACUUCAGCUAUUUCGUCCUGUUCGCGCGAUUCUUCCAUAAGACGUACCUGGCCGAUAAGAAAGCCAAGAAGAAGCACUUCGCCAACGACGCACCCAGUCACAUCGAUUACAACGACAAGCUCAAAGCCAACUAAAGGCGGUAUCUGGCACACAAGAGCGCCUGGGCGCUCUUACUUCUAUUUAUCUCUUUCCCUUCUACCUCUCUUCCUCUCUUUUCUCAUCUCUUCUUUUCUCUCUCUUCUUUCUCUUUCUCUGUUUCUUUUUCACGCCGCUGGUCGACGUAGCCACGCAUUCAGGAUCUAUUUGUUUAAAGAGGUGCUAGGGUUUAACGGCUUCUUUAAGAUGCGCGUGGUCUUACUAAGUGAUCUGAAUACUUUAGACACUGGGAUUGGAAAUUGUUACGUUUACAUUAGGAUGCUGAGAUCUUAAAGUAUAUAUAAAGCCUAAAGCCUAUAGGACAUUUGUAAGUCUUUAGGAUCUGUAGAUGAAUCUUACACUUUAAGGAUUUAGAUUAAGAUUCUACUAGACUUCGUGUACAUAGGAUCUACGUCCAAUCUUCUCUACGUUCAAUCUCAGAAGUCAUAGAAUUAUGAAGAUUGUAGAUCCUACGAGAUCUCCAGAGUCGAUAGAUCCUAGAAAUUGUGUUUCUUUAAGGCGGAACGACAAAUUAUAAUUUAUUUGGUAAUUUAUUAACUUGUGGUUAAUUUAUUACUUUACUUUAUUAAUGUUAAGUCUUCAAAUUUGAUAGAAGCCGUAUUACCCUAGAAGUUAGAUCCUGGCUGCGGUAUCUCUCAGGAUUCUUACAUCCUAAGAUCCGUAAGGUAGGACUCGUGGGGAGCACAGAAUCUACAAAUGUCCCAGAGUCUGUAAAUCCUAAGAUACGUAUUUCGUACGUCUUAUAGGAUUCGCAGAGACAAAUGAAUUCCUAAAUUUCCGAUUUUAUAGAGCUUAAAAGUCAUUAGGAUUUACAGGAUUUCUAGAUCCUACGGUCCGUCGCGAUCCUAGAGUAUAAGUUUUCAGGAUCCUUAUAGGUCGUAGGGUACUAGAUUCUAAUCGAAGAUCUCCAGUCAGUGUCCAUGAUGGACAUUAAUUAAUUAAUUAAUCAAUCAAUCAAUUGUCUAAUUAAUUAAUGCGUGUCCAUCUGCGCGCGGAGGGUAUUCUAAACAAAAGAUUCUCUUGGGAAAAGCAGUGAUUUUUCUGGUCAUUUUUUUAUAUAUGGUGAAAUGUUGCAGGUAAAGAGCUGCUUUCGCAUGUAAUACAUACAAACAUAUGUGGAAACGUGUGCAUACGCGUUUCUCACAUACGACCGGCUGUUGCACAAUUGUUAUGAUUUUGUUACUAUAUGUAUCUUUUGCAAUUAAAUAUUAACAUUAUUUAAUAAUAACACUGGACAACAGAAAAUAAUCCUUUUUUUUCAUGUCACAUGACUUACUUUAAAUUAACGUCUUUAUUACAUAUACUGAAUUUAAAUAUACAGUCAGAUUUUCCCCAAAGUCUCGCCCAAAGUUUUUAAAAUAUUGUAACAAUUAUGUUGCAGAGAAUAUAUAACUUUCCGCACAAACAGAUUAUAUUACCUUAAUUACAUUAUCUUAUUUAAAAAAUGACAGUUUCUUCUGUAUGUUUUCUUCCAUAUUUUGCCUCUGGAAUGCCUCCUAUCUUGAAUGUCCGACAGUAGUAGUUUGCUAACAUAGUAGGGCUACACUUUCUCUGGUAACGCUUUUCCAUAGAUUAGAUGCCUUUGGUUAGAACCAUUCUCCGUGUUAUGUAUACAAGGCGUCCUACUUUUAGCGUACUAUAUUUUAUGACAUUCCUCAGUCAGUUUGAAGUUGAUUUGUCCGGGAGUGUUCUUGCAAUAAAAAAAAACUAUGGGUGAUAGAGAAAAUCGGAGUACACAUUCGAAUUUAGCGCUCAAAGAUACACAAAAGACGUUUAAAAUAAUUCAUGUGACAAAAUGUUGAAUAGUGUAAUUUAUGAUCGGAUAUGUGUAAAUAAUAAUCUCUUACCGUAAAUCCUA